AUGCGAGACCAGGAUCAGGAUCAGGAUUCACGACUCGAGAAUUGGGAGACAUUCGGCCACGAAUUCGGCCUGGGAGAGCUGGAAAAUCUAAAGAGGAGCAUCGUAGAGAUGGCCCUUAGCCGAAUAGACGGGCCUGACGACCUGUAUGUGGGGGGAAUAUGGGCGCUUCGGCGAUCAGACUCGCUCGCAGAGCGGCGCAUAACGCACGUCCUGUCCAUGAUUGGCUUCAACCCGGCCGAGCUCAAGAACUUCAAGGAGCAGCCGUGGUCUCAGUACGGCAAGGGAAUCGAGCAUCUCGCCGUUGACAUCGACGACGUCGACGAUGCCAAUCUCCUCAUCGAGCUGCCGCGUGCCGUGAGAUUCAUCGACAGCGGUCUACGACAGUCUACUUCUACCUCGACCUCCGCAAGCAAGAAGACUGUGCAGGAGGGUAUCGAGGCGUCGGGCCUGAAGGGCUCUCCGUCGUCGUCGUCGUCGCCCCCGGCCACUGGCGACGGUGGCGGCGGCGCCGUCUUCGUCCACUGCGCCGCGGGCAAGUCACGCUCCGUCUCUGCCAUUAUAGCCUACCUACUGUACCGGUACCCCAACCGCUUCGACCCCAACAUUGUCGGCAGCAUGGGCUUGGAACAUGGCGCAGACGGCGACGGCAAGAACGUGGGCGCAGCUGACGCGGUCAGCAAACCUAGACGUGAGACGGCACGGGAGGCCGUGCGCAACGCCCUGGCCUACGUCCGGCGCACGAGACCCAUGGCCGAGCCCAACGACGGCUUCAUGAGCCAGCUCGAGCUUUGGUGGCAGAUGGGAUGCCCCGUAGACGGCGAGAUGGAGGAGCAGUCCGCAUACCAACGCUGGGCGUACCAGAGGGAGGUGGAAGAGUCCCUGGCCGCGGGCCAGGCUCCCACGCGUCUACGCUUCGAGGACGAGGAAGAGACUCAAGCCUCCUCGGAUGCGACGGGACCCGCAACGUCCUCGCUGAGCCUGCGGUGCAAGAGGUGCCGUCGCGCCCUGGCUACGGGAGGGUUCGUCGUGCCUCACAAGUCACCCGGUACCCACGUCGGCGCCGGCCAGUGUCAGCACCUCUUCAUCGAGCCGCUGGGGUGGAUGCGGCCCGAGCUAGAGAAGGGUCAGCUGAACGGCCGCCUCCUGUGCCCCAACGAGAAGUGCGCGGCCGCCGUGGGCAGGUACGACUGGAAGGGGUUCAAGUGCUCGUGCGCGGCGUGGGUCACGCCCGCCUUCUCGCUGCAGAGGGCGCGUGUCGACGAUGUCGUCGCCCGACCUUUCCCCGAUGGUGCUGACGCCGCACUCAAGCAGCAGCAGUCCUUGGGAAUCCGCAUGCCUCCAGGGUCUAGGAGUGGCAAUCUAUAG